GCAGCGGGGCGGGAACUAGUAGGGAGUGCGGGUGGAGUAGGCCGGAGGCAAAAAUUUCUCGAGCCCCAGGGUGAGGGGUGGGCCUGGGUGGUGGGAACGCUCGGGAGAAGUGCUGAAGGGAGCACGGCGACGAGCGAGGCCCCGGAGCAUCACAUCAGCCGCCCCGGUGCCUCGGUCGCGUCACUGCCCUGGACCGCGCCCGGUUACCCGCUGCCUCUCCUUAGCACCAUAAGCAUGACGAUGCUCCAUCCUAAGCCUUGCAGGUUACAAAACGGCUUUCCCAUUUGCCGGCACUUGUGAUUCCCGCUCCCGCCCAACGAUGUGGACACUGUCAUCGCCUCCACUUUACAGAUAGAAAAGCUGAGGGCCCGAGAAGCGAGGGGACUAUAUCUGUCCAAGGCCACGCGUACCCGUGCUCCGAAGAUAAGUUCAUUUCUUCUCUUGUGCCCACCUAUGUCCCACCUCACUCCGCCUUCCAGCGGCUCAAUCUAGACGACACCGCGUCCUCCUUGGCUCCCCCCUAAGCACGUAAGAGGACAUAGCACACAAGUUGGUGGUGAUGACAGACACUGUGUUGGACUCACAGCCAGCCAACAGCACUGGGGAGAUGGAUGGACUGUGCCCUGAGCUAUUGCUGAUCCCCCGACCUCUCUCUAACCAUGGACUCCUAGAGCCUGUCCAGAGCCCCUGUCCUUCUGGGAACCCUCCACCUUUGCCUGCUGACCCAGGCUGCCUGCUGGUAGAAGCCACAGCAACUGAAGAGGACACAGGGAACAUGGAGAUCAUUGUGGAAGCAGUAGCUGGAAACCUGUCCCCAGGUGCUCCUGGAGAGACCCCAGGUGUCCUGGUAAAGGUGGUGGAGGUGUACUUCUGUGAGCGCUGUGAGCAGAGCUUCGCAGAGCCCACUCUGCUGGCCCUGCACCAGUGCACUGAGACCAUUAUACAGCCUGUGCAGGGCCUCGGUAGCCCCCCCUGCUCUGUAGAGCUGCCCCCCAGCAACCUCACUCUCCCUGGCCCUCUGCAGGGCCAGAGCCCACCAGAUAGCCCCCUGCCAUGCCCUGUGUGUAAACAGGAGUUUGCCCAACCCCAGGCCCUGAAAAGCCACUUCAAGAUUCACCGGGGCACUCCUGACGCCUUCUCCUGCCCAGAGUCUGGCUGUGUGUUCUCCGCUGAAGAUCGCAAGGGUCUACAGCACCACCUGAGGCAGACCCACAGAGCGCUUCCUGUGCCCUGUUCUUUCCGGGGCUGCCCCCUGCUCUUCGGGAGCCAGCAGGGCAUGGAGCUGCACCGGCAGGCCCAUUACCCUUUCCACUGCAACCACUGCAGCUUCGUGGGCUCCAACAUCAAACUCUUCCGGCAGCAUCAGCGGAGUCACGGGCACGGGACACAGGGAGAACUGUCUGCUGUUCAGGGUCUUCCAUCCCAGCAGCUGCUGCCAGCUCUCAGAGUGUCCCCAGGAGAGGGAGAGCCUUCAGAGGAAGUAGGAGCACCCUUGCCUGGGCAGGAGUCAGCUGAAGAGGAGGACGUAGAGGAAGAAGAGGACAGUGGCAGCCAGAACUCCCAGAAAGCCCUGGAGAAAGGCCAGGGGGCUCAGCGGUUGGAGGGAGCUGUCGCUUCUGGCACCGAGUCCCUCUUCAAGACCCACAUGUGUCCAGAAUGCAAGCGCUGCUUCAAGAAGCGGACCCAUCUGGUGGAGCACCUACAUCUCCACUUCCCAGACCCCAGUCUCCAGUGCCCCAACUGCCAAAAGUUCUUCACCAGUAAGAGCAAGCUCAAGACCCACCUGCUGCGGGAGCUGGGCCAAAAGGCCCACCGCUGCCCACUGUGCCACUACAGUGCAGUGGAGAGGAAUGCCCUCAACCGCCACAUGGCCAGCAUGCAUGAGGAUAUUUCCAACUUCUACUCAGAUACCUAUGCCUGUCCUGUCUGCCGGGAGGAGUUCCGCCUCAGCCAGGCCCUUAAGGAGCACCUCAAGAGCCACACCGCAGCAGCUGCGGCCGAGCCACUGCCCCUUCGCUGCUUUCAGGAGGGCUGUAGCUACACGGCACCUGACCGCAAGGCCUUCGUAAAGCAUCUGAAGGAGACCCACGGGGUGCGGGCCGUGGAGUGCCGCCAUCACUCGUGUCCCAUGCUCUUCGCCACAGCAGAAGCCAUGGAGGCCCACCACAAAAGCCACUAUGCCUUCCACUGCCCGCACUGUGACUUCGCCUGCUCCAACAAGCACCUGUUCCGUAAACAUAAGAAGCAGGGCCACCCUGGCAGUGAAGAGCUGCGCUGCACCUUCUGCCCCUUUGCCACCUUCAACCCGGUGGCCUACCAGGACCAUGUGGGCAAGAUGCAUGCUCACGAGAAGAUCCAUCAGUGCCCUGAGUGCAGCUUUGCCACUGCCCACAAGAGGGUGCUUAUCCGCCACAUGCUGCUGCAUACCGGCGAGAAGCCGCACAAGUGUGAGCUGUGUGACUUCACGUGUCGAGACGUGAGCUACCUGUCCAAGCACAUGCUGACCCACUCCAACACCAAGGAUUACAUGUGCACCGAAUGCGGCUACGUCACCAAGUGGAAGCACUACCUCAGCGUGCACAUGCGGAAACACGCGGGCGACCUCAGAUACCAGUGCAACCAGUGCUCCUAUCGCUGCCACCGGGCUGAUCAGCUGAGCAGCCACAAGCUGCGGCACCAGGGCAAGUCCCUGAUGUGCGAGGUGUGCGCCUUCGCUUGCAAGCGGAAGUAUGAGCUGCAGAAGCACAUGGCUUCCCAGCACCACCCCGGCACGGCCGCCCCACUCUACCCCUGCCGCUACUGCAGCUACCAGAGCCGCCACAAGCAGGCCCUGCUGAGCCAUGAGAACUGCAAGCACACCCGCCUCCGAGAGUUCCACUGUGCCCUCUGCGACUACCGCACCUUCAGCAACACCGCCCUCUUCUUCCACAAGCGCAAAGCCCACGGCUACGUGCCCGGGGACCAGGUCUGGCAGCUUCGCCGUGCCAGCCAGGAGCCAGAGGGAGCCGGGCAGUGCCCGACACCCCCACCAGACUCAGAGCCCUCAAGUCAGCUGUCUGCCCAGCCUGAGGGGCCGGACCGCGACCCAGGGACGAUGGUGGACCCCGGCUUGGAUCAGGCCCCGCCAGAGACCAGUGAGGAGGACAGUGCUGGGAAACGGGACAGCGGUGAGGUUCCCCAGGGGGACGACCUGGUUGGCAGCCCCAGUCCGGCGGAGGUAGAUGAGGGAGGCUGCACGCUACACCUAGAGGCCCUGGGAGUGGAGCUGGAGCCUGUGGCCAACCCGCCCCUUGAGGAGAUCACCGAAACGGCUCCUGUGGAGUUCAGGCCCCUGGAUCCCUCAGGGCCUCUGAGACUGGAAGGGCCAGAUGGAACUUUGACAGAGCUGUCUACCUUUGAAGGUGCUGGAACUUCCGGCUUGGGUGCUGAAGAGUCCAUUCUGGAAAAGCCAGUCUCUGAGCCCCCUAUAAAUCCCCCUUCCUCAGAGGAGCCCCCUAACAGCUGGGUGGGAACCUUCAAGGCAAAUCCACCCACUGAGACAGCACCCCUGCCCCAGUUCCCUGAAUCAGAGUCAUUACUCAAGGCCCUAAGGAGGCAGGACAAAGAACAGGCAGAGGCGCUGGUGCUGGAGGGGCGGGUUCAGAUGGUAGUGAUACAGGGACAGGGGCGGGCUUUCCGCUGCCCACACUGCCCUUUCAUCACCCGCCGGGAGAAGGCCCUGAGUCUGCACUCCAGGACUGGGUGCCAGGGCCACCGAGAGCCCCUCCUCUGCCCUGAGUGUGGAGCCAGCUUCAAGCAACAGCGUGGCCUCAGCACCCAUCUGCUGAAGAAGUGCCCUGUUCUCCUCAGAAAGAACAAGGGCUUGCCCAGACCAGAUUCACCCAUCCCUCCGCAUCCUCAGCCCCUGGGCACGCCGGCCUCAGAGGAUGCAGCAGGUGGGAAGCCCCCACCUGCCCCAUUAGAAGUAGAGAUCAUGCUCCCAAAAGAUGCUCCUUCCAAGCUUCCUGGGGAGCCAGAAAACGUAGAGGAGCCUGUUGCCACAUUCUGUGGCUCCACAGCCCGUCCUGCAGAGGACUCCUCGCCCCCGGAGGCCCCUGAGAGGUUCCACUUCGAGCAGGGCAAGUUUCACUGCAACUCCUGCAUGUUCCUUUGCUCUCGGCUUUCCUCCAUUACUUCUCACGUGGCUGAAGGCUGCCGGGGCGGACGUGGCGGGGGAGGAAAGCGAGGCGCCUCCCAGACCCAGCCUGUUGUGUCCCCGCUGAGCAGCAGGGACUCUGCUCCCCUGAGCAGUGGGAGUGCAGAGCGCAGCCCUGGUGAUGGGAAUGCAGCUCUGGUUCCAAAGCAGAAGGGGGCUCGCUUCUCCUGCCCCACGUGUCCCUUUAGCUGCCAGCAGGAACGGGCCCUGAGGACUCACCAGACCCGGGGUUGCCCCCUUGAGCAGUCCGGAGAGCUGCGCUGUGGCCUCUGCCCAUUCAUCGCUCCUGCUGCUGCUGCCCUGAGGCUCCACCAGAAGCGGAGGCACCCCGCCGCAGCCCCAGCCCAUGGCCCCCGGCCCCCUCUUCAGUGUGGGGACUGCGGCUUCACCUGUAAACAGAGCCGGUGCCUACAGCAGCACCGGCGGCUGAAGCAUGAGGGGGUGAAGCCACAUCAGUGCCCUUUCUGUGACUUUUCCACCACCAGACGGUACCGGUUAGAGGCUCACCAGUCCCGACACACAGGUGUUGGCCGCAUCCCCUGCAGCUCCUGUCCCCAGACAUUUGGUACCAACUCAAAACUGCGCUUGCACCGGUUGAGGGUACACGACAAAACACCCACCCACUUCUGUCCACUCUGUGACUAUAGUGGCUACCUUCGCCAUGACAUCACUCGCCACGUUAACAGUUGCCACCAGGGCACCCCAGCCUUUGCCUGCCCCCAGUGUGAGGCCCAGUUCAGCUCCGAGACAGCACUCAAGCAGCAUGCUCUGCGCCGGCAUCCCGAGCCUACGCCCCCUGUCCCUGGCUCUCCCACAGAGGCCACUGAGGGCCCCCUGCACUGCUCCCGCUGUGGGCUGCUGUGCCCCAGCCCUGCCAGCCUGCGAGGGCACACCCGGAAACAGCACCCACGGCUCGAGUGUGGGGCCUGUCAGGAGGCCUUCCCCAGCCGGCCGGCAUUGGACGAGCACCGAAGGCAGCAGCAUUUCAGCCACCGCUGCCAGCUCUGUGACUUUGCUGCCCGGGAGCGGGUGGGCCUGGUGAAGCACUACUUGGAACAGCAUGAGGAGACUUCAGCAGCGGCAUCCUCAGCUGGGGAUGCUGGCCAGCCCCCUCUGCGCUGCCCUUUUUGUGACUUUGCAUGCCGCCAUCAGCUGGUGCUAGAUCACCACGUGAAAGGGCACGGGGGCACCCGGCUCUACAAGUGCACUGACUGUGCUUACAGCACCAAGAACCGGCAAAAGAUCACCUGGCACAGCCGCGUCCACACUGGGGAGAAGCCCUACCGCUGUCACCUCUGUCCCUAUGCCUGUGCUGACCCCUCUCGCCUCAAGUACCACAUGCGGAUUCACAAGGAGGAACGGAAGUAUCUGUGCCCUGACUGUGGCUACAAGUGCAAGUGGGUCAACCAGCUCAAGUACCACAUGACCAAGCACACAGGACUGAAGCCAUACCAGUGUCCCGAGUGUGAGUACUGCACGAACAGGGCUGACGCACUGCGCGUGCACCAGGAGACGCGGCACCGGGAAGCACGGGCCUUCAUGUGUGAGCAGUGCGGCAAGGCCUUCAAGACACGCUUCCUGCUGCGCACCCACCUCCGCAAGCACAGUGAGGCCAAGCCCUACGUGUGCAACGUGUGCCACCGUGCUUUCCGCUGGGCUGCUGGCCUGCGCCAUCACGCCCUCACCCACACCGAUCGCCACCCCUUCUUCUGCCGCCUCUGCAGCUACAAGGCCAAGCAGAAAUUUCAGGUGGUCAAGCACGUGCGCAGGCACCACCCUGACCAGGCUGACCCAAGCCAAGGUGUGGGCAAGGACCCCACCACGCCCACGGUGCACCUACAUGACGUGCAGUUGGAGGAUCCCGGCCCCCCAGCUCCUGCUGCUCCCCCCACUGGACCUGAGGGCUGAGGGCCUCCCCCACCUCCCGACAAGAAGAGGGUGUGGGCCCAGAUGUGCAGACUGGAACCAGAGCUAGCCUGAGGAGCUCAGGGCCAGAGGAAAGGCUUGGCUUCAGGGUGUCAGAGAGGCUGGAACCCUCCUGGGACUCUGGCUGUAGUACUUGGAAGUUGAUAUAAAAGACAGACCUGGACCACAGAUUGACUUCUGCUGAGGCACAUUGUGUUUUUAACCCGUGAGUUCCUAAUUUCUUCACCAUCACUCCACCAAAGUCCCUGGCUAUAACAUCGUGGUUUACCCAUUUCAUCUUCUCUUUCCUUCUUACUAUGUCAAGUCCUAUUUUCUUUCAGCAUCCUCAGAACAGUUGUAUCUAACCGCAUGUGCUGUUGUGCCCACUGCUCUAUAAAGCAUGGUUAAAUGAUUAGUAGCUUA